AUGGGCAUUGGCUAUCCUUGGACCACCACUGUGACCCCCAUUUCUUCCUCCUCUGCCAUGCUCUUCUUCAGUAUUGGCAGCGGCGUGGCCGCUCGCAGCGGGUCGGGGUCCAGGAGGACCCCCUGGUCAGCGGCCCUGCUGGGCAUCCCCAGCCUCUUGGCGGCCUACCUGGGCAACUGGCAGCUGGAGCGGCGGCAGUGGAAGAUGAGGCUGCUGGAGGAGAGAAGGGAGCAGCUGCUGGCGGAGCCCAUCGACCUGUUUGCGGUCGAUGAGCUGCCGCCCGAGUACUCCCGGGUGACCCUCACGGGCACGUACGAUCACGCCAAGGCAGCCUUUGUGGGACCGCGGGGCCGGCCCUCCAGUGCGGGGGUGACGGAGCAGAGCUACCUGGUCGUCACGCCGCUCACCAGCGCAGACGGCAAGCGCACGGCGCUGGUGAAUAGGGGCUGGGUCCCCCUCUCCUGGCGGACAGACCCAGAGGAAAGGAGGGUCGGAGAACCCAGCGGACAGGUCACGGUCGUGGGCGUGGUGCGGCACGGCGAGCGAGCCGGCCAGUUUGUCCCUCCCAACGACCUGGAGGCCUGCACCUGGUACUACGUUAACACCGCUGAGCUGGCGCAGGCUGCGGGGCGGGACGCCGACACGCCGCUCGUGGAGGCCAUCCUGGCCGCAGACGCGCCCACCGUGGUCAAGCCGCCCUCGGCCAUGGAGGUGCUGGGGGGCAGGGCCAGGAGCUUGCCGGCCGUGCCCGAUGUCGUGCCCCUGCCCAAGACCCUGGACGAGCUGUGCUCCUUCUCCGUCAUGCCGCGCGACCACACCAACUACGCCGCGACGUGGCUGACCCUGUCGGCCGCCACGGCCGCGCUGGCGGUCAAGGCCGUGCGCGGCACGAUGCGCCGGGCCUGA